AUGAGACGAACAUUGAGGGAUAUGCUUGAUCCUUUUGCUUUACCCGAACAGCAAUUCAUAGGCAUGUAUCGAUUAAGUAGAAACAUGACUAGAACUCUAGUACAAGAGUUGGAACCACAUCUUCCUCCACAAAAGAAUGCUUUGGCAAUUCCAAAUGAAUUAAAGGUGCUGUGUGCUUUGAAUUUUUACGCUCAAGGUAGUUACCAGAAAGCUGUUGGCGUGGACAGUAGAUUGAGUAUAGCUCAACCUACUGUAAGUAUUAUACUGAAGCAAAUUACAUCCGCCAUUAAUCAUCAUUUGCUGAGAAGAUGGAUACAUUUUCCAACAACUCCAGAAGAAGUACAAGAGAUUGUACAAAGAAAUUACAACAACACUAGGAUUCCAGGAUUAAUAGGAUUGAUAGAUGGAACAAAUGUAGCCAUAAGAUGUCCUAAUAUACAUGAGGGAUUAUACAUCAAUAGAAAAGGUUUCCAUGCACAGCAUGUGCAAAUUAUAUGUGAUACAAAUCUGGAAAUAAUUAAUAUAUUGGCGAGAUAUCCAGGCUCUAGUCAUGAUUCUUUCGUGUGGAGAAAUUGUUACGCACGGCAUCUUCUCCGAACGCAAUAUGAAGUUGGUAAUCAUUGUUGGAUGUUUGGUGAUUCUGGAUACCCACUGGAGCCAUGGCUGCUAACACCAUUUGCAGAAACACAACCUGGCACACGACAAGAACAUUUUAAUGAACGCCACAGUACUGUACGUAGCACUGUAGAGCGCUGCAUAGGCGUUUUAAAAAAACGAUUUAGAUGCCUUCUUCGAUAUCGCACAUUAGAAUAUAUGCCAGAAAAAGCAGGUGAAAUUAUUAAUGCGUGUGCAGUGCUGCACAAUAUGUGCAUGCGUGCUAACUUGCCUGAUCCGCCAGAACCAGAUGAAGCUGUUAUGGCUCUAGAAGAUAAUGGUCAUAACAUCGUAGUACAGCCUAUGCUAGAAGGUAGAGCUAUUUUCAAUGAAGGACAACGUGUACGCGAUCGACUUGCUACUCGAUUAGGUGUAUAA